AUGAUAUUCAUUCAGCAUUUAGUGACAUCUAUCCGAUCAGUUAACUUUGAUUUCUCUAGUACGAAAGCAGAACGAUCGUUGAAUGGAAAUCGAACGCUGGGUCAUAGAGGAGGUGCUGAAUGUGUUUCUUUGGAACAAGGAAAACAUCUAGACGAAAAGCGAUUUAUCAUAAGUUCAGUUUUACCAAUUACCGAUGGCGUUGAAAAUCAGUCAUCAUUAGUUGAUCAAAACGAAGAUUUCCUUUCGAAAAAAGAUAAAACCAUCAUUGUGAACGAUAAUAUUUCUUGUGUACAUUUCACUCUUCGAAAUAUCAUUUAUCUACUUUAUAUUAUUCUACUUGCUUGUCUUAUUGCUAUCUUUCUUUUUACUUUCAUCUGCAAUGUCAUCGAUACGUAUUGGUUUCCACAACCAAAUCUUCGUAAUUCAUCGCAAUGGUCUACGAAUAAUUACAAAACCGAUUCAGCAGAGAUUGAUACUGAUCUGAAUUCUACGAUCGAAAUUGUCCAAUUAUGA